AUGAUAUGGAAUUGCAAAAUACAAAAGUUGUUUUGGCUUGGAUUAUUGCUUUGUCUUUAUAAGGCCGAUUCUAGCGUUACAGAAGGACCCAAGCUUAUACAUGGAUGCCCAUACUUCGAUAUCAACAGCCAAAUCCGCAUUCUGGAAAAAGUAACUCAAUAUGAUGACAAAGAAAUUCUCAAUAUCUAUUCCAAAGAUUUUUUAAACAAAGAAUAUUUGACAAAUAUAGUAAAAAAUGCAAUGCCAAGCACUUAUUCAUCAAGGAUCAAGUCAAAUGAUGAUAUCAGAUAUCUGCAUCCUUCAGCUAUGUGGAUUCCUGAAAGGAAUUUAUUUUUAGUCGCAGUAAGAGUGUGGGCUUUAAGCAGGAUCUGCUAUCUGUACGUCACUUUCUUUGACUCUGAUUGGAAAGAAAUUCGCACAGAAGACAUGGUUGGAUCCACAAAGGUGCCUUCAAUACUCAAUAUCCCAAGUGAUUGAAAUGUGGAAAACUCUGGCCCAGAGGACGGGCGACUUUUCAGAGCACUAAAGGACGAAUUCUUUAUUAUCUUUAAUAUGAAAAAAUCAGACUCAUCGGCUAGACCGAUGUACAUGUAUAGAUUUUCAACAGGGAGUAUGCAAGAACUCUCUAUACCAGAGCAUAGAGAAAAGGCAUUUGUAAUAGAAAAAAAUUGGUCUCCAAUUAUCAUUGAUGACUCCCACAUCUACUUUGUCUAUAAUUUCGAAAAUUUUCAGGUCAUAGACUGCACUGAUGAAGGGCCAUGCAAAAGGGUGCAAGGAGAUUUUAAAAGGAAGCCAGGAUUUCUUAGAGGGGGAUCUCCAUAUGUGAGACUAGGAGACACAAAUUAUUAUUUAUCUCUCGGCAUCAUACAUGCAGAGUAUCCAAAACAGGUAUUUUGCCAUGUUUAUCGUCCAGUAUUGACAAUAGUUCAAGCAUUUAGAGAUGAGCCCUCUUUCGAACUUAUAUAUACAAGCGAGCCAUUUGACUUCGAAAAGCGAAUAUUUCUAUAUCCACCUGGCCAUUUUCGUUCAUUAAAUGAUAUGCACUUGUGUGACGGGCCGAUGUCCUGGACUGUAGGAAACUCAAUUGCAAAAUUAGAUAUGGAGAAUGACAUAUCAGAUAUGAUUUUCACUCUAGGAGAUGCAAGGGCUGUUUCUUUAAAAGCAAUAGGCUUGAGCGCAGUUGUCAACAAAAUUAUUGAAACAUAUGAGCUAGGAAAUCUUCCAGUAGAAGAUAAAUGUUCAGAAAAGCUUACCAAGUUUUAUUUUAAUUUGGAUGAUCUUUCACUGCCGAAAAUUGGGAAUGAAGAAGUAGAGUAUCAAAAGAAAAUCGGGACUCAACCCAAAAGCUGUGAGAAAGGGUUAUUUUUGAAUAAUGAGGGAGAAUGUAAAAGUAACUUUCACAUAGGAUGUCAUAACUGGUGCUCAGAUUGUCUCAGCUGCGACUACUGCACCUCAUGCAGUGAUAUAAAUGCGAAACCGCUUGAAGGAUAUUGCCUAUGCCAAGAUGGGUACUUCUUUCAUGAAAAUAGCAAGUCAUGUAAAUGUAAGCUUUAUGCAGCGUGCUCUGAAGGUUGUGCUAAAUGUUCAGACUUUCAGAACUGUCUAAAGUGCAAGAAUGCGAACAUGGUUGUGGAUAAUGGGGCUUGCAAAUGUCUUGAAGGGUUUCUAGAAGUGUUUCAUGAAGAACUAAAAAGUUAUAUAUGUGAAGGUAAGAAAUAUUUAGACUACGAAGCAGCUAAAAAAUAUAGCUGCUAUAAAUCACAUAAGGAUUUUUCAGAAAUUGAUAAAAGUGAUUAUGAAAAUUUCCAUAGUGUAAAUUUAGGAUAUCAGCUGAACAAUGAUAAAUUAUCUGUAGCUCUAUCAAGCAAAGACUCAGCUGGAAAUCAGAAUUCCUUGUUUGAAGAAACCCAGUAUUUUGAUUUUGAUGUCUCCAGGAAUAAAAACCAAAAUCAGCAAGCAAGCUUUAUUAAAGAUGGGAUUUUAUUUGAAAUCAACAUCAAGAUAGCUAAAUCAUAA